UAGAGUAAUAGACAAAUAAGCUUGCAUGCGAAAAAAAUUGACAAAAAGAUUUCGCAACCAGAGUUUGAUAUGCCUUUCUUGAAGGCUUAAACAGAAGCUGAAAUUAACUUGUGAUUGUUGAAUUUAACAUUUCAGAUAACCUAGAUCGCGUGUAUCUGUUGCAGAGAUGGAUAACGAAUCGGUGAGAAUUCCAGAAGUCGUUCUAGUUAGCUCCGAUGGCCGAAAAAUGCCGGUGUUGGGGAUGGGCACAUCAGCUUCUCCACUAGAGGGAUCUGACGAAACAAAAACAGCCAUUCUUCAAGCAAUCGAGAUUGGUCACAGACACUUUGAUACAGCCACGUUAUACCUAACAGAGGAGCCACUUGGAGAAGCAAUUUCUGAAGCCUUAUCUCGCGGGCUGAUCAAAUCACGAGAUGAGCUCUUCAUCACCUCGAAGCUAUGGUGCAGUGAUGCUCAUGGUGAUCUUGUCCUCCCAGCCCUUAAGAAGAGUCUACGGAAUCUUCAGCUGGAAUACCUUGAUCUUUAUCUAAUUCAUUGGCCUGUGAGCUCGAGAUCAGGGACCUAUGAGUUCCCUAUAAACAAAGGAGACCUUUUACCUAUGGAUUUUAAAUCCGUAUGGGAAGCUAUGCAAGAAUGUCAAGAUCUAGGUCUCACGAAAUCCAUUGGUGUCAGCAAUUUCUCUUGUAAAAAGCUUUCAGACAUCCUUGCCUUUGCAAAGAUCCCUCCGGCAGUUAAUCAAGUAGAGAUCAAUCCAUUAUGGCAACAAAACAAGCUAAGGGAAUUCUGCGAGGCCAAUGGAAUCGUUUUGACAGCUUAUGCUCCUUUGGGAACCAGAGGAACCAUUUGGGGAAGCAACAGGGUUAUGGAGAAUGAAGUACUGAGAGAGAUUGCAACUGCUAAAGGAAAGAGUGUUGCUCAGGUGUGCCUCAGGUGGGCAUUUGAGCAAGGGGUCUGUGUGGUGCUGAAGAGUUUCAACAAAGGAAGGAUGAAGGAGAACCUUGAGAUACUCAACUGGACAUUGAGCGAGGAAGAAUCCAGGAUGAUCGGUGAAAUACCCCAAAGCAGAGGAUGUCGCGGAGAAGAUUACAUCUCAGAAAAGGGGCCUAUCAAGACAAUUGAGGAGCUUUGGGAUGGAGAAAUUUGAUUUAGUUUUUAGAUCCUUGGGUACAAACAAAAACUUAACGUCUCCUGUUCAUCUUUGUCGCGCUCUUCCAUUUCUGCCAGUAUCAUAAAGGAAUAAAUUACCCUCGUCCAAACUCCAAACUAAACAUAACGGUUAAAAGGGAAUAAAAAGUGGUGUAAUAUAUACAGAGAGAAAGUUAUUGAAACUUACAGGGAGGGAAAGCAAUAACACAUUACUUCUCCUGCUGGUUUUGCUUCUAA